AUGAAGCUAACCGUCUCCAUUAUUGAAUGCAAGAAUCUGAUUGUGGGAGACUUGAUUAGCGGAUUGGCCGAUCCCUAUGUCAUUGCCACCAUCAAUGCUCCUGCUCAAGAAAUCCGAGAAAAUGAAGAAAGACUCUUUCCUUCUCCAUCGGCAAUCAUUCGAGAUCACAAAUCACUUCUACUACAAUCCAACCCAAUAAUGAAUUCACAACAAUUCACCACCACUACCUCCACCAAUACGACAGAUUCAAUUGUAUCAUUACAAUCGUCUUCUUCUCUUGUUCAAUCCUCCAUUAACACUUCUUCAACAACAAAAGGAGGGACACAAAGAAUUUCUUCUUCAUUUGUGUCAUCACCAACCACUAGCAAUAAUGGAGUAAAUCGAGGAAAGUUAUCCAUUGUCAGCAGUAAAAGUCAUUUGAAUUUAAAUCAUUCGUCACCACAAACACCAACCAAUAGUACUAAUAAUAUGAAUGGAUCAAGUCCACAAACAAAUGAAACAACAAGUAAUAGUGACACAAGUGACACUGCUCAACAACAAGUCGAUGGAAAAUCUAAAGUUUCAAAUACAGUGACCUAUGUGAACAAAGCUCCAUGUGAAUUUAAGAAUCGAAAAAUUAUUGCACAAAAGAAGACUGAAAUUGUUUAUAAUAAUUUAAAUCCAAUAUUUUCGAACGAGUUUCUGAUUGUGAAUAAUAUUCGAGAUGCAUCAUUGAUCAAAAAUUGGUUAUUGACUUUGGAAGUGUAUGAUUAUGAUUAUGUGAAAUAUGACGAUUAUCUUGGAAGUGUUGAAAUUUCAUUGGAUCAAGUCCAAGUUCUGGAACCCAAGAUAUUAACCAUUCCACUCGAAGGAGUGCCUCAUGGUGAAAUUACAAUUGAUAUUAAUCUUGGAGAAGAAUCACAAAUUUUUGGAGUGGAUAUAGAAAAAGUCAUGUCACGUCACCGUGAAAAACUACAUGGAAAAGGUCUUCCAAAAGCUGUACAUGACAUGUUUGUUUUCCUAUCCGAUGAUCUUUCAAUUGUGGAGGAGGGAGUUUUCAGAAUACCCGGAAAAGUAGAUAGUGUGAGCGCUCUUAAAAAACUCUAUGACAAGUGUGAAGAUCGAGAAAUUAGAAACUUCAUUUUAGAACAAGAGAAGAUUAUGCUUCAAGAUAUUGAACAUAAACAACGUUCGAGUGGAAUGGUGAAAAUUGUGGCUUCUCUGCUCAAGGACUACCUUCGAUCAUUGCCUGUACCUCUCCUGACGUAUGCUCUGUAUGAUGAAUUUGUAAAUUUGAGUGGGGAUAGUGAUCAAAUCAUUCUGAAAACUGUACAAAAGCUUCCACCACUGAAUCAGCAUUUAUUGUAUUGGCUCUUGGCUCUCAUUGACAUGAUCAUUGCCAAGACGCAGCAAAACAAAAUGACAGCUUCGAGCUUGGCUAGUGUCAUUUCUCUCAACGUGUUGAAAAGAAAGGAAGACAAAGCAAAUCAAUCUGCAAUUAAUUUAGAAUCUGUCAGAUUGGAAACUGACCGAGUCAUUAGAAGUUUAGAAAUACUCAUUAACAAGUACAAGACAGUGUUGUGUCCUUACUUUUCAAAGACAUUCACAUUUUUCAAGUAG